AUGGGUCGGUGGGGACUCGGAAUCCUCCGUUCAGACGAUAACCUUAACGCCCUCGCUAGCAUCUUUGACUCCAAAACCAAGGAGCCAUUGAAAGAAAAAGUGAUCCGCUCGCGGCUCAGGGCUUGGGAGGAAGAGCAGCUCAAAAAGAAGUCGGAAAUAAGCAAGUAUGGCUUCCAGGAGCUGGAGGAAGGUUGGGAGCGCGACAUCAUACCCAACAUUUUUCAUUUCCCUCGCCUCAUCCGCGACUACCUCAACUCCGGCGUCCUAGCUGACCUCAUCAAGAAACACAGUCCAAAGACAAAAAGUGAAGCAUGGACUGAGGAUCACAGGAAGUUGGUUGUCAUCGCUUACUGCUCCAUGGAGCUUGGCUGCACGCUGCCUCCUGGCUUUCAGGGCCUUCUGAAGGAGAAAUGCUAUGGUCCUGGACUCUCUCCGGUCGGCCAUAACCAGAUGUACCGAGCCUGUGAGCAGUAUAUUGACGGAAAACCCUUCUCAUUCUUCAGUCUAGACACACGGGAGAUCGAAGAACUCACGUUGAGAGAGGAAGGCCGUGGCAUGAACCGUGCCCUAGGUAGGCACGUCCGGCGGCAUCGCCCUCUACCUCCUGGCUUGGAGCCGCUCCGUUCCCAGGAGGCUGCUGCCGCCGCCGAGAAGCCAGCCCACGAACGUCGAAAAGUCGAGGCUGAGUCUUCCCCUCCGCCUCCUGUGGAGCAGUAUUUCCUUCGCUUCCCUCCCGACACCUGUGCCAAUUGUGGGGCGACCCAAGGGUACGGCACUCCGGAGCUGAGGCGAUGCAAGUCAUGCAAGAAAACCCUCUACUGCUUCGAGGGAUGCCAGAGAUGGCACUGGUCCCGCCACAACUGCACAGGGGAAUAG